AUGAGUGAAUCACACUCCACCAUAGCAACGCAACCCCCAGAGAUCAUCUCCCAAACAGAUGAUACUCAAUGCAAUGGGCUGCGCUCACUCUGCCAGGAAAAAGCCUACAACAUUGGCUCGACCAUAUCAUCCAACGAGGCGAUGAAUGUCAGUGAGCCUCUGAUUGCCAUCACAGGAAUGGCUAUGAGACUUCCUGGUGGUGUUCGAACUGCAGAAGACUUUUGGAAUCUGUUGAUGAAAGGAAAGGACGGCCAUGGUAGGGUACCAAGUUCACGAUACAACAUAAGUGCGUACCAUAGUCAAUCAAAACCUCAUUCCGUCCGGGCGGAAGGUGGUUACUUCCUGCAAGACGACAUCACGAAAUUUGAUACCGGAUUCUUCGGUGUACGACCACAACUCGCUGCCGCACUAGAUCCUCAACAAAGGCUUCUUUCCGAGGUGGUGUGGGAGUGCUUCGAGAAUGCCGGGGAGACAAAAAUCGCUGGCAAAAGAAUCGGAUGCUUUGUUGGGGUCUUUGGGAAUGAUUGGCAGGAGCUCGCACUCCGAGACGAGCAGGAUUAUGAUCGCAACCUUGUAGGUUGUACCCAUGACUUUGUUCUGGCGAACCAGGUCUCGCAGUUGUUUGACUUGAUGGGUCCUAGUGUUACAAUCAGAACCGCUUGUUCGUCUUCAAUGAUUGCGUUACAUACGGCCUGUGAAGCUAUUAAAGCAGGCGAGUGCGACGCUGCGAUUGUGGCCGGCACCAAUUUGAUAUUGACACCUACAACAUCCACCGUAAUGUUUGACUACAAGGCCCUGUCACCAAGCGGUAUUUGUAAGACAUUCGAUGCUGAUGCAGAUGGCUACGGGAGAGGUGAAGCGAUCAAUGCGGUUUUGAUAAAGAAGCUAGACGAUGCAUUACAGAGAGAUGAUCCAGUUCGAGCAGUGAUCCGGGCCACUGCCAUUAACUCUGAUGGUAAGGUAGCUAUGGCUGGAGUCCCCCGCGCCGAAGGACAGGAACAAGUUAUCAGAUUAGCCUAUACCAAAGCUGGCAUAGAUGAUUUUUCACAGACUGGGCUCUUUGAAUGUCAUGGAACAGGAACCCAAAAGGGCGACGUGAUUGAAACUUCGGUUGUUGCAAAUGUCUUCAGAGAUGGUAUUCUCAUGGGAUCAGUUAAGCCGAAUGUUGGUCAUUCAGAGGGAGCUUCUGGUCUCACCAGCCUCAUUAAGGCUGUCCUUUGCCUUGAGAACCGACUUAUUCCACCCAAUAUUCAUUUCCACAGUCCGAACCCCAAUAUUCCUUUUGAAACUGCAAAGUUAGGAGUUCCUGUUGAACCAACUCCCUGGCCCAAGGACAGAUCUGAUCGGGUCAGUAUCAAUUGCUUUGGAGUGGGUGGCUCCAAUGCUCAUGUGAUUCUGGAGUCGAAGAGGUAUUUCACAAAAGCCGAUCCCGAAAUAGGCCCCCAUGACCGACUUGCACAGCAUCAGCUCCUCGUGAUCUCAGCCAAGUCAGAGGAAUCUCUGAGCGGUUGCCAAGCCCAGAUUCUUCGCUAUAUUGAGAGCCACCCAGAUUCACAGCGAGACCUCGCCUACACACUUGGGAAGCGAAGGGAACAUUUGCGUAACCGGGGCUUCUUGGUUACAGAUGGUAAAUCUGUGAGCCCUGGACGUACUCUACAAUUACCCCAGGAUGGCAAUGUUGAAGCUGUGACCUUGAUAUUCUCAGGCCAAGGUGCUCAAUGGCCAGGAAUGGGUAGAGGUUUGAUCGGUCGCUAUGAAAAUUUCCAGAACGACAUUAGGAAAAUGGACUAUGCCUUGCAGUCCCUAAAAGAUGCCCCGACCUGGAGAAUCGAAGGUACCGACUCUCAUGUCCUUUAUAAUCCAAAUUGUCCUGAUCUCAAUGAUGCCGAGUUUGCACAGCCAUUAUGCACUGCACUUCAAAUCGGAUUGGUCAACUUACUCGCCUACUGGGGAAUUCAACCAGACUCAGUGGCCGGACACUCCAGCGGAGAAAUUGCCGCUGCAUAUGCAGCAGGUGCGAUUCCGAUGAGCAUGGCGAUCAUACUCAGCUAUUAUCGUGGAAAAGUGACAAAGUUACAGAAAGAACCCGGAAUGAUGGCCUCAGUUGGCCUAGGCAGAUCAGAGGUUAGCCCCUAUCUCGAAAAAGGUGUUGUCGUGGCUUGCGAGAACAGCCCUCGAAAUGUGACUCUAUCUGGAAUACGAGGUGUAUUGGAUCGGAUUCUGUCACGCAUAUCCUCUGAUCAUCCAGAUGUGUUUUGCAAGGCUCUACCAGUUGAUGUUGCAUACCAUUCAGAGCUGGUUUUGGAAGCCGCUCAAAAAUAUUCUCACCUCAUUGAGCCUCACAUACGUCCAAAUGUCUCAAUGAUCCCGAUGUUCUCAUGCAUUACCGGACAACCGAUAUCUUCUCCUAAAGAUCUUGACGCUAUGUACUGGCGCUGCACAAUGGAGUCACCUGUGAACUUCAAGCGGUCCAUCAGAAAGCUCAUUCACAAUAACGACCAAAACAGGAUGUUUGUUGAAGUCGGCCCACAGUCCGUUUUGCUCAGCUCAAUGAGGCAGAUCUUUGAAGUUUGCAAUGUUCAGUCAAAGCUGACAUAUGCUCCUACUCUUCUGAAAGGAAAGAACUCAAUGGACUGUCUUCUGCGGACAGCAGGAGAGCUAUAUCUGCAUGGAGUCCAAUUAGAUAUGACGGCUAUCAACGGCAAUGGCAAAGUCCUGACUAAUCUUCCACCAUAUGUUUGGCAGCAUGGAAAACAGCUUUGGUACGAGUCUCGUAUGUCUCAUAAUUGGAGGCAGUCUAUGUUUGCCCACGACGAGCUCUUAGGUCGCCUUUCCCCUGAGUCAUCAGUCAUCGAACCCUUCUGGAGAAACAGGUUACAGGUAAAAUUUAUUCCCUGGCUUUUAGAUCACAAGAUUGGCUCCGACAUCGUUUACCCUUGCGUCGGCUAUGUGUUCAUGAUUGGUGAAGCAAUUCGUCAGAUCACGGGAUCAAAAUCUUUCUCAAUCAAGCGGCUUUUCAUGAAUACUCCUAUGGUAUUGGGUGAGAAUUCCACAACAGAGGUUUUAACGAAUUUUCGCCCUAUGAGAUUGACAGACAGUACCAAAUCAAGUUGGUACGAUGUCACUAUUUCUGCCUAUGACGGCAAGCAAUGGUCAAUCCACUGUACUGCACAAGUCAAGGGUGGCAAAGAGGAUCAUCCCAGUGACUUUAGUUCUCAACAUAAGAAUUAUGCACGUCGAGAAGGGGGGCUGGACUUUGGUCCUUCUUUCCGCAGACUUAGAGCUAUCACUGUCGAUCCGACCAGCUACCAUGCCUCCGCUACUAUUGUUCAAACCGAGGAAGGGAACCAAAAUGGCCAAAGCUGCGUUGAGCCCGUGGCAAUUGACCAAGGCCUUCAGCUUCUUGGUAUUGCCGCAUGCAAUGGACUUUCGCGUCGAAUGUUUAACCUUGGGAUUCCCAUGUCAAUCGAUUAUCUCCAUAUUGCAAAUGAACACAAAAUCACAGAAUCAGAGGUUACUCUUCAGGCUGAGUUUCCAAUUGGUGAAAACGGUACAUUGAAAACCUCACUGGGAGGAUGUGUGUCUGGAGUCUUGAAUAAAAAGCUCUUGUUUACUCUCAAGGGAGUCAAGUUUUUUCCUUUACCUCAAUCGGGAAUCCAUACGAACAUCCCAUUAAGUACACGACUUGAGUGGAAACCGGACAUCGAUUUUCUACCUGCAAAAGAAUAUUUGUUCAAGUCUAUGCCGGACAACCCCUCUAUGUUAUUGCUAGCAAAACUGAUGGUUAUUGCUGUUAUUGACCUAUUUGACCAGUUAGGCAUCAGACCAUUGAGCUUUGAUUCUGCCGCACAGUAUCAAGACUGGACGACUACUAACCUUGGCCGACUUCACCAGAUUCUGCAAUUUUAUUUUCCUGACUCUCUCGAUUGGAGUUUGGAUCCCGUAUCACUCCAGUCUAUGUUAAUCAGAGAUGUAUCUGCUAUUGUUGAGUCUACCGAGCCCUGGGUUCAGCCCAUUCGUGACUAUGUCACACAGAUACUAGAUGCUAUUGAUGAUCAAGUCCCAUUAUCGGAGCUUCUUAUGGACGAGCGGGGAUUCAGAUCUCUAUACGAGUUUGCAGCAACCAAUGUUGACCUUGGUCAGACAUUCUCAUUGCUUGGACACUCGAACCCAUCAUUGGCAGUCCUAGAAGUAAAUCCAGGGACGUGUGGUACCACUUCCGGUGCCCUGGUCACUUUGAGAUCUGGAGAUGGAAUUCGCUUAUACUCAAAAUAUACUGUGGCUUCAGACUGCUCAAAUCUGCGAACAGAGGCCAUUGACCGGUUUGGAGAAACAGAAGGAUUUUCCUGUGUCGCUCUGAACCCCAAAAUCACCAUCGGAGCACAUGGCUUUGACUCCAAGAGCUACGAUUUGAUCAUCAUUCCCAAUGACUUACCCUCGGUUUUUGAGACAAAGUCAUUGUUAGCCGAUCUUAGAUCUCUACUUACCCCCGAGGGUCGACUUUUGAUUCGUGAGGUAACUCCGCCUGUUCCCUUCAUUGAUUUCAUGAUGAGCAUGCUCCCGGCCCCAUUGUCCAUCAGUAGCGACAUACAGCUAGAAAGCUCUUACUCUUCAGAUUUCUGGACAACAGAACUCACUGGAGCUGGGUUUUUAACCCCAGAGUUUCACUCUUUCAAUUUGAACAUCUAUCCCUGGACUCUUAAACAAGCAAUCAUCUCUAAAGUCCCUCAGCCGGAGCCCGAGAAGCAAAAUGUCUUCCUUCUGGGCUCAACACAAACCCAUAAAUGGGCUGAGACUGUGAGACAGCAAUUAAUUGAACAAGGGUAUAACGUUGUUGAUGCCACAAUUGAAGAGCUUCCAUCUGGAAAGGGGGACGUGAUCUCUCUGUUAGAUGUACCAACACCUUUUUUGAGCGAUUUCUCUCCAGAAAAGCACGAUGCACUGAUGAAAUUAUGCUUGGAAGGAAGACUAACCAUUUGGGCUACUAAGAGCUCACAAAUGAAAUGUGAUAACCCAUCAUCCGGUCUGAUAACUGGAUUUGCGAGAACGAUUCGACAGGAAACUAAGGCUGAGUUCGGAACCCUUGAGAUCGACAAUUUCAAUCAACAUGCAGCAACCACUCUCGUCAAAGUAUACGAAAAACUGCGUCGACAGUCCCUAAGUAACAACUGGGCACCAGAGUAUGAAUUCGCCCUGCUUGAUGGAGUUGUUCAUGUCGGUCGGUUCCAUUGGGUGCCACUGGAGAAGAUUGCACCUCCUGCUCCAGAAGACUGUCAUUUGACCCUGGAAGCUAGUGCACCGGGGAUUGGAAAAUCUGUGACAUGGAAAGAGAGACCUACUUUGGACCUGAACGAGCAAGAUGUGGAGGUUGAUAUGUGCUACGUGGGGGUGAAUUUCCGGCUGACCAUGCAGGACAUUAUGGUGACAAUGGGUAUCAUUGAUCGAGAACAUGGCUUGGGUCUAGAAGGGAGCGGAAUAAUCCACCGUGUCGGACCAGGCGUUAUGCAUCUACAACCUGGCCAGCGGGUCAGCUUUCUGGGUAUAGGGCUUCUCGCUACAAGAGUUGUUAUACCUAGUAAUGCCUGCUUCCCACUGCCAGACGAAAUAUCCCUGGAGGAUGCCGCUACUAUCCCGGUUGCAUAUAGAACUGCCAUAUACUCGCUGCUCACCGUAGGGCAACUGGAACGUGGACAGUCGGUUCUCAUCCAUUCUGCAUGCGGCGCGGUGGGCCAAGCAGCGAUUCGUAUUGCACAAACGAUGAAAGCCAAGAUAUAUGCUACCGUGGGCACAGAUCAGAAGGCUCAAUAUCUUCAGGAAAUAUUCGAUAUUCCUCGAGAAAACAUUUUUGAAUCUCGAAACGCUUCAUUUGUAGAUGGAAUCAAGUCUGCGACGGGCGGACAAGGCGUUGAUAUCGUUCUCAACUCUUUAUCGGAGAAUUUACUCCACGCAUCUUGGAGCUGCGUAGCAAAGUUUGGUAAGAUGAUAGAGCUCGGGAAACGCGACUUCCUGGGCCAUGGAAUGCUGGAUAUGGAGACUUUCGGAGCAAAUCGUUCGUUCAUUGGAGUCGACCUCCUGCAACUUGGGUUAGAGAGCCCAAGCCGAGCCCGAAGGUACAGUCACCAAGCUCCAAGAAACUAUGAAUUCAGAUUGUCAGAGCUAUUUGCUCGGCUUGCUCAGAGGGGCAAAAUCAAACCAAUUCAGCCUGUCAAGAUAUUUAGCCCAGCAGAUAUUCCAGACGCUUUCGCGUACAUGCAACGCGGGACACACAUUGGGAAGAUUCUGAUCCACAUGAACAGAGACACAGCCACGCAGAGCUUGAGUAAGAAAAUUACUGUAGCUCCUCUCACCACAUUCAAAUCGGACGCUGCUUACUUGCUCGUGGGAGGCCUUGGUGGAAUUGGACGAGCUGUGUCUAAUUGGUUGGUCGAAAACGGUGCCCGGCAUCUUAUAUACCUCUCACGAUCUGGAAAAUCGCCAAGCAAUGAAGCCUUCAUUCAGGAACUUCAGGCACAGGGCUGUCAGCCAGUUGUAAUAAAUGGAAGCGUGUCAAAUAUUGAGGAUGUGGAACAUGCAAUUGCUGUAAGCCCUAAGCCGAUAUCUGGAGUGAUCAAUCUGGGCAUGGUUCAAAAGCCCUCAGCCCUUUCUGAAUCUUCAUAUGAGGACUGGGUUUCUGUUCAGGAUCCAAAAGUCAAAGGGUCUUGGAAUCUACACAAAGCGUUUAGUCUCGCCGCCCUAGACUUUUUCGUCGUAAUAAGCUCGAUUACGUCUCUAUGCGGCAGCAUUGGACAAGCAAGUUAUGCAUCAGCAAAUGCCUAUCUGGACGCACUAAUUCGCCAUCGUCGAUCUCUGGGAUUGCCUGGUGCUACACUGAACUUAGGCGGAGUUGGCGAUAUUGGCUGCUUCGCUCGGGAGCCUGAAUGGAUAACAGCAGCCAACUUUUGGAAACUCCGACUUCUUAACGAGGAGCAGGUCAUUGAAUCAGUCGAAGCAGCCAUUCGUUUAUCUCAGACUUCUUACGGUUCGCAUGGUAUACUUGCAACUGGUCAAGUCAUCACUGGCAUGAGCACCACUCGCACACAAGCGAAUCCUGCAUACCGUAUCCCUUGGAAGGAUGCGAGAUAUCGUCUCUAUGCCAAUGUCAGCGAAGCAAAAGGAGAUGUUCAGCAGGAACGAAUUGCUGAUAAGUUCAAACACCUUCUCCGACAAUCUCAGCAGAAUCCGGUUCUUUUAAAGGAGCAACAAGGAUGGAAUAUACUUCUCGAGUACAUUGGGCUGCAGAUGAAUGAGAAAGCUGGAACAGAUGCAGAACGGGCCCAACUUGCUACAAUGGCCAUCGAUUCCAUUCUACUCAUUGAGGCUGUCGGGAAUAUUCGUCGAAAUUUCGGACUUGAGCUGACUCUAACCAGCCUCGCGGGUGCAAAUACUGUUGGUGAUUUGAGCAGAGUCAUCCUGGAGCGCCUUUACGAGAAAAUGGCCGGGGAUAAAAAGUUAUGA